CUCCCCCUCGCCGCUCUCGUCUCUCGCUUUUGAAGUUCCAAAGCUACGAAUCUCCCAACAAUGGCGGAUUCGAUUUUCAGAAAGCUGAGAGAUGGCGGAGAAGAAGGCGAGCUCGCGCCAGCUCUCACCAUAGAGGAAACUGUAGCUUCCCCUUUCGCCCUCGAUGUCUCCGGCUAUCUUCUCGCAAAUCUAUCUUCAUCAAUUUUGGCUGGAAAAUCCAAGUCGCAGGGUCUCGUGCUGAUCACAUUCUCCCGAAGCCCUUCAUUCUAUUUGCAGUUCUUGAAGCAAAAAGGAAUCGUCGUCUCUUCAUCUUCUAAAUGGAUUCGUAUUUUGGAUUGCUACACUGAUCCACUAGGCUGGAUUGAUCAGUCUUCAAAUGGUGUUACUGAAGGUUCGAGUUUGAUUAAGUUACACAAGUGUGUGAGUGACUUGAAAAGGCUCUUUUCAUCAAUCAUUGAAGCAGGAAGAGAAUUGGUUGGAGAUGGGAAGGCACGUUUCUGUGUUGCCAUAGAUUCGGUGAAUGAGCUGCUAAGACAUUCAUCCAUGCCGUUAGUAUCUGGUCUCUUAACAGAUCUUCGAAGCCAUGCACAAGUUUCCAGUAUAUUUUGGUCAUUAAACACUGACCUUCACCAAGAGAAGGUCACAAAUGCGCUUGAAUAUGUAUCAACGAUGAAAGCCAACUUAGAACCUUUGUGUCCAUCUUCGGAUGGGAAAAGGAAUGCUUUGGAGAAUCUCUUUUUGGUUCAUCAGGAUUUCGGUAAAGGACGGUUCCAUGUCAGGUUUAAGCUUAGGAAGGGACGUGUCAGAGUAAUGUCUGAAGAAUAUCAUGUUGAUCAUUUGGGAAUAAACUUUUCACCCAUUUCCUCUGCGGAUUCUGUUCAAUUCAAUCUACAGUUGUCUGAGAAAGAACGAGUUGAGAAAGAAAAAGUUGUACUUCCUUUUGAGCACCAAGAUCAUGGAAAAUCGACAGAGAUCUAUGAUGGGAGGAGAUCUCUUGCGGAUGUCAAGAUUGAGGCAGCACCAUUGUCUUCAGGGGAGUUGCAGAGCGAUGUGGUUUCAUCGGGUAAAGAUGGGGAGAUUAUAUAUUACAGAGAUUCAGACGAUGAGCAUCCGGAUUCUGAUGAAGACCCUGAUGAUGAUCUGGACAUUUAAGGUUCUUAAAAUUGAUCUUGUAAGACCAGAGAAUGGCUCUAAUGUUGGUUUGAAACAUGUAUCUUUACUCAAGAUGAAUUUACACUUAAAAUUACAUUUCGGUAAAGUCAAAAGUAGUUUAGUUUAGUUUUUUUUUUUUUGUCAACAUUCAUAUAAUUAGUUUAGGAAAUUAAAUUAAUUUUCU